AUGCAACAACUCUGCCUUAUAUCUAAGCUCGUUGAAAAAGCAGUAGAGGCCUUCAAAGGAUACGACAGCACUAUUCAAGCUUGGAGCGACUCCCAAGUGGUGAUAGCUUGGUUGCAAGGAGACGUGUCAAGAUGGGAGAGAUACGUAGCUAACAGGGUCAAUAAGAUCAAACAAAUCAUUCCGGCUGCCAACUGGCAGUACGUAAAGUCUGAACAGAAUCCUGCGGACUGCGCUUCCCGAGGGAUGUAUCCUACCAAAUUACUUACCUUCGAGCUGUGGUGGAAAGGACCUGAUUUCCUUCAAAAUACACAAAAAGAGAAGGCUCAGAAAAUUACUACGUGUCUCCUCACUACUAACACGGGGCUAAAAAAUAAAGCGGCGACAACCCUACCGACAAACAACAAUACACAUUUUAUAAAUGAACUUGUACAUAAAUGCAGUUCAUUGACACGCGUACAACGAGUCACCGCAUGGAUACAGCGCUUCGGUGCAAUUGUCCGCAACAAAACGAAACCCGAAACCAACUUCCUUACUACAAGCGAAAUGACCGCUGCAAAUGAACAAAUAAUAAAAUGUGUGCAACGCAUUGAGUUUGAGCAAGAAUACAAAUUACUUGUAAAAAACGAAACUGUGCCGAUCAAGAGCCCUAUUUACAAACUAAACCUGUAUCUGGAUAAUAAAGGGAUUAUACGUGUCGGUGGGCGCCUAAACAACUCCAGUUUGCCAGAUGAAAUGAAAAACCCUAUCAUUUUAUCAAGGAAUGGGCGACUAACUCAACUACUUAUCGAGAAGGCCCACUGUACUACACUUCACGGUGGCGCUCGACUAACGUUAGCCUACAUAAGACAACGUUACUGGAUCGUCGGUGGCAACAGAGCGGUCAAAGCGAGACUACGUCAUUACAUCCGGUGCCACCGAUACAAGCCGACUGAAACUUACCAACUCAUGGGCGACCUGCCGCAGCAAAGAACUACUCCAUCUCGACCUUUCACACAUACUGGUGUUGACUUCACUGGCCAUGUGGAGGUCAAGCUGAACAAAGGAAGAGGUGUUAAGACAUCAAAGGGAUACAUCGCCAUCUUCGUAUGUAUGGCAACUAAGGCUGUACAUAUCGAGCUCGUGUCUGACCUCAGCACUGAAACCUUCAUCGCUGCCUUUCAACGUCUGUGCGCGCGGCGGGGCACGCCAAAGCACGUUUAUUCAGACUGCGGCACUAACUUCAUUGGCGCCGCCAAGUUACUUCGGAAAGAAUUUGAACACUUCAAACAAAUUCUUUCACCAGAGUUCUUCACAGAGAUUGGGAAACUUGAAGUUGAAUGGCACUUCAACGCUCCUGUGUGGCCGAACGCAGGUGGACUCUGGGAGGCUGCUGUAAAAUCUCUGAAAUACCAUCUAAAACGCGUGCUAGGUGAUCAAAAACUGACAUAUGAAGAGUUCUCAACACUGCUUACGAAAAUCGAGGCCUGCAUGAACUCGCGGCCGCUGUGUGCACUAACUGAGGACCCGGAAGAAUUUUACAAUUACUUAACACCCGGACACUUCCUCACUGGCGGCCCCGUGAUGACAUUACCCCUCUCUGAUUACACUGACGUCAGACACGUCGACUUGCGGCGACGAUGGCAGCUGACUGAAAACAUGCUUCAUCAAUUUUGGAAAAGCUGGUCCAACGAGUAUCUAACUCAGCUUCAGAGUCGCAGCAAGUGGAACAAGGCUACAAAAAACAUCAAAGAAGACGACAUUGUGCUAGUAAAGGAGAAUAACUUACCUCCCGGAAAAUGGGCCAUGGGGCGUGUCAUAGAGCUUCAUCCCGGUUCCGAUGGCCUUGUGCGAGUCACCACUAUCAAGACUCAAACCGGGGUGAUGAAACGCCCCAUCGUGAAACUAUCACCACUCCCGCUGGAAACUGACACUUCACAUGAGAUGAAAACUACGUCAUCCAGCGAGCCACAUCUUACCACAUCGUCAACUGCACAACAACCGAUGCAUUUAGGACAAGACAUCUGUGUCUGA